AGAGUAGAAAGCAAAGGUCUGGAAUUUUUCAGGGGCAAUUCGACUUUUCAGUAGACAUCACAAUCCUCUCUACUCGAUUCUUACCUUCUACAAACCAACACUGUUCUUCUCUUUCUCUUCCAAAUCCCAAUCUUUUCCACUUUUGAUUUCUCCCGGAAUAUUUCUUCAAUUUUCUCGCCAAGAUUCCUUUCGUUUUCCCCAACUUCUUCACUCUCUCUUCCGAUUCUGGCUUCUCUUCGUUCACAAAGGCUUUGUAUGAGAAGGACUGUUGCCAUACAAUUCGGUUUCCAUGUCUUUGAAGAGCAUAAUUCAGGAAAUGAGAUCCAGGUCCCGCCGUGUGGUGCAGGAUGGAUCGACGGCCGAAGUCGGUGAUGGUUUGGCGCAGAGCUGUUGGGUUCACAUGCCUCAGGAGUUGCUGAGAGAGGUUUUGAUUAGAAUCGAGAGCUCUGAGAAUGCUUGGCCUCCGCGGAAGAGCGUCGUGGCUUGCGCUGGAGUUUGCCGGAGCUGGAGACGGAUUACUAAGGAGAUUGUUAAAACUCCCGAAGUUUCUGGCACAUUGACGUUUCCUAUUUCCGUCAAGCAGCCUGGUCCAAGGGAUUUGCUUCUUCAUUGUUUCAUAAAACGGAAUCGAUCCGCACAAACUUAUUGCCUUUAUCUUAGUUUGACGAGUGCACUUGCUGACGAUGGAAAGUUUCUUCUUGCUGCCCGUAAGUGUCGACGGGCCACUUGCACUGAUUAUAUAAUAUCACUGCAUGCUGAUGACAUGUCCAAGGCAAGUGGCACCUUUAUUGGAAAAUUAAGAUCUAACUUUUUAGGGACCAAGUUCACAAUCGUUGAUGGACAGCCACCUCAUGCGGGAGCCAAGAUCUCAAGAAGUCGCUCCUCUAGGCUUGUAGGCCUGAAACAAGUGUCACCUAGAGUUCCUGACGGCAACUACCCUGUGGCUCACAUCUCAUAUGAGUUAAAUGUCUUGGGUUCAAGGGGUCCAAGAAGAAUGCAUUGCGUCAUGGAUGCUAUUCCUGCCUCUGCUAUUGAACCAGGAGGGGUGGCUCCAAUACAGACUGAAUUCUCCUCGAGCCGUAUAGACUUUCUUCCAUCAAUGAGAUUUUCCUGGUCGAAAUCAAAUGAACCAAAUCACACCGAUGAUCAAUCAUCGGGAUCUUCAUCCAAUCAGAAAGAUGGACUUCUGGUGCUCAGAAACAAGGCUCCGCGGUGGCACGAACAGCUCCAAUGUUGGUGUUUGAACUUUCACGGCCGAGUGACAAUUGCUUCAGUGAAAAACUUUCAGUUAGUAGCUUCACCUGAAAAUGGACCUGCUGGACCUGAACACGAGAAGAUCAUCCUUCAAUUUGGAAAAGUAGGAAAGGAUAUAUUUACAAUGGACUACAGGUAUCCAAUCUCAGCGUUUCAGGCCUUCGCCAUCUGCCUCAGCAGCUUCGACACAAAGAUCGCUUGUGAAUGACACAUCUCCGAGCAGGGGACCAAGUUAGUGAGGGCAGUGGGAUUUUCUCUCAACAACAAGAACUAUUGAAUGGGUUCCAGCAAUUAGCGUGUAUCAUAAAAGACCCUUAAAUCGAAAAUGGGGGCUUAAAUGGAAGCCAGACUUUGAAUUUCACAGCUCAUUCUCCAAUUUUUGGUAACCUUUUGUGUCCUUAUCCACAGUACACAUUGCAUAUUUAUUGUCUUUGAUGUAAAUAUCAACUCUUUUGUAUGAUCUGAUGCACCAAAAAAAGAAAAAAAAAAAAAAAAAAAA